AUGUUCUCUUGUCAAUAUUUAAUCAAUAUACAAAUUAUUUGUAUUCUAUUAUUACUAACAAUUAAUCAACCGACAAUCAUUGAAUCCACAGGACAAUUAGAAUAUCGUAUACAAAAUGGUUUUCCAGUCAAGAUAGGGGAAUUUCCAAUGGUUGUAUUACUGUUGGGUAGAAAGCAUCGAUGCACGGGGACAAUUAUAUCAAAGGAUAAAAUAUUGACAGCUGGACAUUGUGCAUGCGGUGAUCCAACGUAUAAAGUCUAUGCAAAUGUAACAGAUCUCGACAGUCGAUAUUCAAGUUAUGCACAAUAUCGUCAGGCUGAUAGUGUUGCCUAUCCCGUGGCCUAUCGAAAUCAGUGUCAUGCUAUCAAUCUUGGUUUAACAGAUAAUCAAGAUCUCCUUGGUGGUUCACCGGAUAUUUCAAUUUUUAUUUUAGACAAACCAUUUAACCUAGAGAAGGGGUAUGUGGAAAUAGGCAGUUUAGGAUAUGAAAUGCCGACUUUCUCAGGGGAAGAAGAAAAUACUACUACUGCUGCUGAUGUGAUCAUUUUAGGAUAUGGUGAAGAUGAAGCAAGCGACAGAGUUGGUCAACUUCGCUUUGGUAUUAUCAAACUUUCUGAAUGUCCAAAUAAUAUAAAUAUACCAACAAAAGGUGCACUUUGUGCUAAUAUAAAUUCAAAUGAACAAGGACCAGAUGUCGGCGAUAGUGGAGGACCAAUAUUCAAUGAAGACGGACAUGUUAUCGGUAUCACUUCAAUAGCUGGAAAUGGUUGGUUUGUAUUUUCUAGUGUUGCUACACAUCGGAAAUUUAUUCAAAGCGUAAUUAAUGAUAAUUUCUAA